UUUAGCUUUUCCAGGAAAAAAAUUAUCUAGAGGAAAAUAAGUAGUACUUUAUUUUUAGCAAAAAGCGAGUUUUUAACGAGAAAAAUACCAAGUUUUAUAAACCACAGCGUAACCACGACAGGGAUACCUGUGAAAGAUGUAGACUGAGACGAGCCGCCAAAAAAUCAAAAUGGCGUCCGCCGGUAGCAGCAGUUCCAUGUCAAUCGCAUCGAAUCCUAUCGUUUUUUUCGACAUUACAAUCGGUGGACAGGAGGUAGGGCGCAUGAAGAUGGAGUUGUUUGCCGACGCUGUCCCGAAAACCGCUGAAAACUUUCGACAAUUUUGUACAGGAGAGUACCGAAAAAAUGGAGUUCCUGUUGGUUACAAAGGCUGUGUAUUUCACAGGGUCAUCAAGGACUUCAUGAUCCAAGGUGGUGAUUUUGUGAAGGGAGACGGGACUGGUGUAAUGAGCAUCUAUGGAGAGUCAGCUUUCGCAGAUGAGAGCUUUAAGCUGAAGCAUGAUGGAGCUGGCUAUCUGUCAAUGGCAAACAGUGGAAUCAACUCCAAUGGGUGUCAGUUUUUCAUCACCUGUGCAAAAUGUGACUUCUUGGAUGGAAAACAUGUGGUCUUUGGAAAAGUCAUAGAUGGUUUGCUUGUUAUGCGCAAGAUUGAGAACGUUCCAGUGGGGCCCAACAACAGACCAAAACUGAACGUUGUCAUAUCACAAUGUGGUGAAAUGUAGAAUGCUUUGCUUACACACGAAGGGUCAAGGUAUCACAACGUUGUGAAAUGCUUUCUGGCCUGCUAAACAAUACACAAAGAAAAAGUUACAUUCCUCUACUUGCGAGAGAAGGAUAGGCAAGCUACGUGGUGACUGGUCUAUAAUGUGCAUAGGAAAGUAAUGGUAAACACAUCCAUUCAGCUUCACGCUUUAUUAUUUAUCGCAAGCUGGAGCCAAGAAUUUUCUUGAUUACAUGAUAUCUCGUAUCAAGUAAUCACCCAUGUAAAAACCAGGCAAUUCCCAUUAGUUCUAUUGGCCUGCUGCAAAAAGCUUAAUCAUAGCUUUACUACUCAGGAUCUUUUAUGUACUAAACAUUCAUGCAGAACAUACAUAUGGCAAAUAGUAAGAUUUUGAUGGAUUUGCGUGAAACAUGUCCUUACCUAUAGUCUUAUUUGGGAUUUUCUGUAGUGAAACAAUUAGAAGAAGCAAUAACAAUAGCUGUCUGUUCAGUGUUUCAGUUGCAACGCGCGUCGCACUCUAAGAAUCAUUAUUCAUGCGAAAUCUUUUUUACGCUAUAGGACAGAUAGAGCUUUGAUUGUCAUGUGGGUAAACGACUGUACAUUGAUGUAUGUUCUUUUAAAAAUGAACUCAAAUGUGCCAGUCA